CCCCCCCCCAGGGCAUCGCGGGGACGGACGUGGCCAAGGAGGCCUCGGACAUCAUCCUGACGGACGACAACUUCUCCAGCAUCGUGGCCGCCGUCAUGUGGGGCCGCAACGUCUACGACAGCAUCGCCAAGUUCCUGCAGUUCCAGCUCACCGUCAACGUGGUGGCCGUCGUGGUGGCCUUCACCGGCGCCUGCAUCACCCAGGACUCCCCCCUGAAGGCCGUGCAGAUGCUGUGGGUCAACCUCAUCAUGGACACCUUGGCCUCCCUGGCGCUGGCCACCGAGCCCCCCACGGAGGCCCUGCUCCUGCGCAAGCCCUACGGCCGCGACCAGCCCCUCAUCUCCCGCACCAUGCUGAGGAACAUCCUGGGCCACGCCGCCUACCAGCUCCUCGUCAUCUUCACCCUCCUCUUCGUCGGGGAGCUGCUGCUGGACAUCGACAGCGGGCGGCAGGCCCCCCUGCACGCCCCCCCCUCGGAGCACUACACCAUCAUCUUCAACACCUUCGUCAUGAUGCAGAUCUUCAACGAGGUCAACGCCCGCAAGGUCCACGGCGAGAGGAACGUCUUCCAGGGCGUCUUCGCCAACCCCGUCUUCUGCACCAUCGUCCUCGGCACCUUCGCCGUCCAG